UUCGAGUUCAAGCCUAAUGACGGACUGGGUAUCGACACCAGCCACAAGCAAGGACUGCACGUACCAUACAACGAGGGGCAUGGUUGUAAUUCUCACACUGUACACGUUGCCCCUCUAUACUCAGUCAUGAUACAGUAUUUGAUAACGGCGAGUCUCGAAUGUCCUGGUCAUGGAUGAGUUCCUCGCAACAGUUGGCGUUCAAGCCAUGAGAUAUGCCAUUCGCUCCGGUAUCGCCUUAACUUCAUCAUACGCCGUCGGCCAAUGUUCGAAAUUACUCAAGUCAGUUGAAGACAAGGCUGUCCAUGCUGAACUCAAAUCCUUAAGAAACUUGCUUGAUAGCAAAAUAAAGAUCAUCUCACCAGCCAUAGACUUGAUCGAGUUCAAGUCAGGUCGUGGAAAUGUAUUUCUCGAAUCAGCAACUCCUCUUGCGAAAUCAUUGCAUAAGGACAUUGUCUCGCUGGGGCGUCGCAUAGAGUCAGCAACUACUAUCUGUUCAAACUCAAGUAGUAACAAUGCCCAGACACGUUCACCAUCUGCCAGCCACGAUAACCUGCUGGCUAUCAUCACCGCCAUAAAGGGUCUGCUGGACCGAAUCGAUCGUGAGAUCCCGCUUUUGCAGUUGGCUAUUACUGCGUCUGGAGAGAGCCUUUCCACAUCACUACCUGCUGGUAUAUCACCAUCUAGACUGCUGCAGGCUAGCACACUACUCACCGUUGGCGACACACAAUUCGCACAAGAUCCAACGAGACCAGUCCAAAUUGGCCCAGUCUUUACUCUAUCUCUCUACAUGCUCUUUCUCGGACAUGCAUCCACCCUGAUGCCACACAGCGCCUCCCAAGUUGCAGACACCACGAUCUCUACGAAUGGCCACUGUUCAGAAACCUCAAGCAUCAGGGCUGGUUACGGGUUAGGGGAAGGGGAGCGGAAGCCACUGUGGCAGGAAGUAUUACACAAGGCGCGAGUUCGCAUCUGCAGAACUCGCAAGGACUACUACUUUGACAGUAAGCGAGGUUACUGUUCGAAGCCACUUAAAGACCACGAUUUUCCUCUUCCAGCCCCUGAAGCGACCGGUGGGGGAGAGUAUGCGUACCACCUGGAGGUCAUCGAAGACCUUGACGAUGGUCGUCUCCACGAUGACGAACAUAAUAUUCAGCCAUAUGACGAUAUCCCUCGAGCAGGCAUUCGCGAAUCCAUUCCUGUGCAUCAGUUAUCCAAGAUAUUUUACACGGAUACAGGCAGGAUUCUGAACAUUGGUUCCGCCACUGACAGUGAGCAAAGACCAGUCUUGCUUUUGAAACGAGAUACUCAAGCUCUGCCGGCCCAACAGGAAACUGAUGAUAUUGCUGGGUUUCUCGAAGGACUUGAGGACGAUGACAAAAGCGAGACAUCGGAUUCGACCAGUGACGAUGACGAUGACCAAGCCGAAAUAGACAGGCAACUUCUGGAGGGACUUGGCCGUCCGGUGCUGGAAGACCGCAAUGUCGUGCCGAUGAGCGAGCAUUUCUUCAAGUGGAAAUUCCCGUCACAUCUUGAUCCAGAGUGGAUGGCCCUCGAGGUGUACGAAGAAGAUGACGAUGAUGAUGUUGGGGAAGACGACGAUACCGAAUCCGUGGAUUCAGCGAGGCUCGAACUGCCAAACUGCAUGACAUCAAAGCCUGGGACGCCUCGUGACAGGAGAUCUCUAGACUCAAAUGUUGUCGAUCAAAUCAAGAGACUAUCUUUGAACAGUCCUGACAAGCUGGGCUCCCUGCAAUCAGUCACAGCAGCCGAGACAGAGAACUUUGUCGCUCGAUCGCCAUUCGGAGCAAUCACGACGUCUUUAUCUCUAAUGGAGAUGUUGAUACGACUGGCUAGUCUCCAGGAGUUUCAGCAGACAUCUCAUCUGUCUAUUCCCGACCACAUCCUCACUUUCUUCCUAGAAGAGACGUCGACCACGGGGUUGAUUGGCGAAACGCAAUGGAGGGCUCGGAGCGAGGCAAAGCGUCGCAUGGGAUUCGAUCCUUAUACUGACGCACCGACGAAGUAGUUAAUAAUUUCUGAAAAAAUGUGACAAAUGCGUAUAAUUUGCCUGGGGACAAC